CUCGAGAUACGAAAAAAUGUCGAAAUGGGCGUUAGUCUUGGUGUCAGUUCUAUCUUCUCUAUAUUUAUCGAAUGCAUACAAAGUCCUGUUUAUAACUCCAUUACCAGCAAAGAGUCAUUCGAUUUUAGGGGAAGGAGUACUGAAUCACUUAUCUCGAGCUGGCCAUGAGGUAACAUAUAUAGCAAGCAUCGUUCCGGAAAAACCUAUAAAAGGAGUGUCUGUUAUAGACGUAAGUGACAGUGUAAAAUUGCCAAGUGGAUUGAUGAAUUUAAAAACAAUAAUGGAUAAGAAACAAAGCAACGAUUUAUUAAGUGUUAUGCCUGCGUUAAUGAAUAUAAGUAGAAACACAAUAAAUAAUGACGGCGUUAAAACACUUCUAUCAGAUAAAACCAAACAAUUUGACGUCAUUAUUGCUGAAUGGAUGUUUAAUGAAGUCUAUGCUGGAUUUUCAGGUGUAUUCAACUGUCCAUUGAUUUGGCUUUCAACAAUUGAACCUCAUUGGAUGGUCUUACAAUUAGUGGAUGAAAUUCCUAAUCCUUCAUAUAACGUUGACAGCUUAUCUAGCAACGUUCCACCGCUAACUUUUUCCCAACGACUUUUGGAACUAGGUCUUCAAAUUUUUGGUAAACUUAUUCAAAUUUUCUAUACAUCUGGAGUUGAACAGGAAAUUUACGAAAAUCAUUUCGUACCACAUAUCCGCAAUAGAGGUUAUCCCGUACAACCCAUCGAAGAGUUGAAGUAUAAUGCUUCGUUAGUUUUGAGCAAUUCUCACGUCUCAAUGGGCGUUGCAACACGAUUACCACCAAACUUUAUUCCGAUCGGAGGUUACCAUAUCGAUCCUGUCGUCAAGCCAUUGCCAAAGGAUUUACAAAACAUCAUGGAUAAUGCAAAGCACGGAAUCAUCUACUUUAGUAUGGGAUCUAAUUUGAGAAGUCAACAUUUUCCCACCGAAGUGAAGCAGGAAUUACUAAAUAUGUUCGCUGAAUUAAAACAAACUGUUUUGUGGAAAUUCGAAGAAGAUUUACCCAACCUACCAAACAAUGUUCAUAUUCUAAAAUGGGCCCCCCAACAAAGCAUUUUAGCUCACAAAAAAUGUCUCCUAUUCAUCACGCACGGUGGUCUGCUUUCUACUACUGAGUCGAUACAUUUUGGAGUUCCUAUUAUCGGUAUACCAGUUUUCGCUGAUCAGUUUGUAAAUGUAGCUAGAGGUGUCAAAAAAGGUUUCGCUAAGAAAGUAGACUUAUCAUAUACGAUGGCCAAAGAUUUAAAAGUAGCUAUUCAAGAAAUGAUUAAUGAAUCAAGAUACAUGACCAAAAUUAAGGAAUUAUCCUUCAUAUAUCAUCACAGAACUGUUUCUCCGGGUCAAGAAUUGGUUCAUUGGGUGGAACACGUUAUAAAAACUGGGGGCGCACGGCAUUUGCGCACUCCAGCAUUAAUGACGCCCUGGUAUCAAAAGGUCUACUUGGACCUUGUAAUUGUUCUGCUGAUUAUAAUAAUCGCGAUAAAAUAUAUAUUCAGAUAUAUUUGUUGUUCAAAUGGAAACAAAGUAUCAGCUAGUUAUAAAAAGAAGCAAAAUUAGCGCAAUAUAUUAUGUCUGUAUUUGUAUAACUCGGAGACAAGGCCUCAAUUGGCUAAUUGAGACAAAGAAUCACCAGAAAAAGUCUGAAAUUGAAGAUAUUCUGGUACUAAAAUAAAACCAAUAUUUCCACUGUACCUGAUCAAUGUGAAUAAAUUUAGUCGAAAUCAC